GUCAUUCGAUUUUAAAACUUUCUUAGGAAAUGAGGACUCUAAUUUUUGCGAUCGCGUUGUGCUUUCUGUUUGAAAAGGAUGAUGCCAGGUUUCUGGAACCAAGAUGCAAGUUAGGUUCACAGUUCCGGCCCAAUAGUGCCAUUAAAGAGAAAAUAGUGGACGGUAGCGAUGCUCCCAGGGUUCCAUGGAUGGCCGCUAUAUUUAACGAAGAGAAGUUCAUAUGUGGAGGCACUCUCAUUACAAGCCGGUAUGUUCUGACGGCCGCUCAUUGCAUUCGAGAAGAAAAGAUAUAUGUAGUUUUGGGAGCCUAUAAUAUAACGAACUGUUCUGAUCCUCUGGAUGUCGAGGGAACCUCCGUUCAUCAUGAGUUCUCUAAAGACACUAAAGAAAAUGAUAUCGCUUUGAUUAAACUUAAGCGCAAGGUGGUGUUCAAUGAUAUGGUGAGGCCCGUAUGCAUUUCUCUGAAUAUGGACGCGGUUGCUGUCCAGGUGGAGCAUAGGAGCAAUUUUGAUGCAUUCGGUUGGGGUUCAACUCGUAAUAAGACACUCAGCGAUAAAUUGCAAACCCUUUCUAUGGCAAAAUACGACCGUCAAGAGUGCAGCAAGAAAUUUAAAGUGGAGAUCGGCGAGAGGCAAAUUUGCGCCGGAAGCCGAUCCGGUGACACAUGCGCCGGAGACUCUGGUGGCCCGUUAGUGUCCCAUGGGUUGACAAAAACCAAAAAGCACAUCUAUCUACAAUGGGCGAUCGUAAGCUAUGGAGAUAAUGACUGCUCGGGGGUUGGAGUCUAUACCAACGUUAUAAAGUACGCCGACUGGAUUGAGGAGAAAGUGUCUGAUGCUUCUAUUGAAGACCAAGAAGAGACCGUACCACCUCCUCUGUAUACGACAACACCACCUCCGUAUGCGACAAGACCUCCUCUGUAUGCGGCAACACCUGCUCCGGAUGACCGUGCGUUUCUUGACGAUAAUUGCGGAAAAUUCGACCAUGUGCUGUAUGGCGUAAAACGUCUUCCGUUCUUGGUUACAAUCUUUGGUCUUGACUUCACCGCCAAAGGCACUAUUAUCGCUAAAAGCUUUGUUUUGACGAAUAACAUAAAUAUUCUACUUGGUCCAGACCCAGACACUCUGGAAGUGGCCUUGAUUAAUCCAACUGGUUAUUAUGAAGAAACUAGGGUGGAUGGAGUCCAAAAGUCGAAGGGCUUAGCUUUGCUCCAUUUGAAAUACCCCCUAUCCAUUUCAGUUGACCCGAUCUGCUUGUUGGUCAACCGAAAGUCUAGGACCGACAUUAUUGGCCAAAAUUUGUAUUAUUCAAAUGUAAAUACCGGACUGGAGCAGCUAUCGAGGAACAAAUGCGAGACACGAAUUGGGAAAAAUGUUGAUCCGAGUCAUUCCGAGAUCUGUGUUGAGCUCCCCGAUAUUCUGCAACAGUACGCAACUCCUGGCGAUUCUUUUGGAAUGUGGGUCAAGUCGAACCAAACUUCCAGAUACAUUAUUGUCGGAAUGGCCAGCUACUUAAUUAAUGGCGUCCAAGUUCUCACUGAUGUAAUUAGUAAUACGGAUUGGAUCUUGAGUACAAUCAAAAACAUGGAAAUGUCCGAUGGUGAUUUUUUCAAUGUUACUUAAUGCAUAUAUUUAAUUUGAUUAAAUACAGUGACUAUGUUUCUUUGCACAUUUACGGAUACGGAUAUAAUGCGAAAACAUUCUGAAUGCACUUAGUACCUAAUUGUAAUGAUAGCUUGAUCAUUUUUCAUUUGUGUAGCAUGUUUGAUUCGAUUUACAUACAUAAUCGUAAGAGAUGUAAUGUCUAUAAUAUAUUUACAAUUCUCUAAGUUGCGGAAUCAUGCGUUGUGCGAUUUUUGUGGUAAAGCUUGCGCGUCCGGAGCGCUACAGCACAAACUGCUUUAUGGCAAAAUCAAAACGAGGGACAGGGAGAGCUCCGACGACAGGACUUUGGUCCAGUUCGGUUGUUGUUCGGAAUACGGGGCGACACAGGACGGACGGAGAAGAGCUUAAAACGAGACAUUAAAUUAUCGAAGGCGGCUCCUGGACGGCUUAGUGCUUCGGGUCCUUGUUGUAGUCCACAUAGACGCGCACCACCUCGCCGGAAUACUUGCGUUGCGAGGGCAUGAAGUAGAAGUCGGGUGUGUCUGAUCCGCCGUUCUGGCGGGGAUCGUCCCGCGACCGAUCGUACCCAGAGUCUCGGUCUCUGUCCUGACGAUGGCGGCGCUCCUCCUCGCGCUCUCGCUCCCGGUCCCGGCUUCCCUGUCGGGUUGCCCGCCGAUCGUGGGUGUAAUAGCCGGAAGGCUGCACGCCAGCAGGACUCUGCUGGUAGUGAUGUGCCUGACGGGGCAGCGAGUAGGCCCGCUCCGCGUAGGAACUGCGCGAGUAGGGGGCUCCUGGCCCGGUGGCGCUGCUCUCCUGGGUGGAUCGCCCGUUGGAGCGGUUGCCGCUGCUCUUGCCCUGGCCGUUAGGACUUUCGUAGUACAUCUGGGACUUGCUGGUGGGCGAGUGGGACAUGGGCAACGUGGUCUGCUGGCUGCUGGUGGUGGACUGGUGACGGUGGCGCGACUUCUCCUUCGAUGUGCUGGAGUUCAUCUGUUUUUCCUCCGUCUCUCCGUAGGGAUCGAAGG